CAGAGAACUAUCGCUUAUCGAAGAAACGAGGACGAGAUUGGAAACUAUGAACUUAUGGAACGACCUAAUAAACUGUGAUAUGCAGUCUCCCUGUCCCUCGCUACAGACAUCUACGAUCUUCUUGGCUGAUGUUGGUGGCUGCGUCCACGAGUUCCAGGUGCAAAAAUCGUAUCCAGAGGCCGUAUUCAUCAUUGAACCUAAGGUGAAUUCUACCUUUGCCAUUCUGCUAUACAGUGACGUUUAUUCCGACCACGAUGAGCUUGUGGCUGGCGCGUGGUGCUUUUCCCGCUUUCAAUGCUUUUCGGCGCUUUUGGACACUUCGGAGUUCUUUUCGACAAAUUUGGCCGUCCUUUAGAAAAAGAACUGAUUUUAUUCAACAUACCCUCCCCUGCUCAACUAUUAGGUUGGUAAGAAAGUUCUCGGACAUUCCCUGUAUACAAAGAUAAUGCUUCGAUGCAAGCACCAAAUAGGGUAUGCUGUACAUCAUUGGAUAGAGAAAAACAAACACUACAAGACCAUGCUAAUCACAACCAUG